UGUGAGUACCCAUUGAUAUUUAUCAUACAUAUGUAGAUGCUUAUGAGAGAGCUCUCAAAAAACAAGGAAGUGCUGAUGUAGCGUAUGCUCGUCUUAUGUUACUGGGAUCAGCUGGUACUGGCAAGACAUCUCUCAAGCAUUCAUUAAUGGAAGAGCCUUUCAAUCCUCAUACUACAAGCACCAUUGUAUCUGAUGUAUUGUCUGUACGACCAUUUGGACACGAGUGGAAAACAAUGAGAGAAAACAAAUGGAGAGAAACCUCAGCAGAAGAUGAAAUUGAAGAGCUUGCACAUUUGUUUAAAUCCUUUCAAUCUGGAUCAUCCUCACACCAUAAAUCUAUGAGUACACAAUAUUCUUAUGAUAAAUUGAUUCCUACAAGUGCUAUAACAUCCAUUUUGGGUAUAGAGAGUAGUUUUAUCCAAUCAAUACUAAGGAGAGCUACACAUAGUGAACUAUCUUUGAUGUCAACAUCGACUGUUCAACCAUUUCUUCAUAUAUGGGAUUGCGGUGGUCAGCCAGUGUUCCUUGAGAUUCUCCCAGCCUUCCUCACUCCUCGUACAAUGUUUCUCCUCCUGUUUGAUGCUUCAAAGGAUUUCAGGGAAAGAUGGCAGUCACGUCAGAAUACUCCUGCUGGUGAAGUGCUGUUUGGUGAGGUAGUGAAUGAAAGCACAAGUGAUCUAAUGGCCAAAUGGAUGUCUAUAAUACACAGUCACCUCAUGAAGCACAACAAAGAUGAUACUUCUUCUCCUAGUCUCUAUUGUAUUGGCACUCUUGGUGACAAGCUACUUUUAGAAAGCAAGAAAAAAGCAAAGGAGCAAAUACAGUCCUUAUAUGGGGAGAAAGAGUUCUCAGAUGUUAUCAAAGAUGUACUGAUCAUUGAUAAUACAACCUCAGGCAAAGGGGAAGAAGAAGACCCAAGCAUCAAAGAAUUACGCAAAGCUAUUGAUGGUUUUAUCAAUAAGUUAGUCGUUCCAACCCCUGUCAAUUGGGUUCUGUUUCGCAAAGUUUAUCAAGAGCUCGGGCUAAAUGUCAUUAGUUUAUCUGAUGCUAUUGCCAUUGGAGUGGCAUGUCAUAUACCAGCAGCUGAUGUUCCUGAAGUAUUGAAAUUCUAUCAUGAGCUGGGAGCUCUUCUUUACUAUCCUAAAAUAGAAGGUCUGAAGAAUAAAGUCAUUCUGAGUCCAAAAUGGUUUGUUGAUACCAUUGGGAAGCUGUUCCCACUUGAAAGAGGAUGGAGCAAAGAAGACAGAUGGUUGUUGUUUCAAAGUAAAGGUAUUCUUGUUGAACCACUAUAUCAAGAGGUAUGGCAAUCAAGUGGUAUUGAUCCAGAAGAAAUAAUUGAACUUUUAGUUCAUUUUUGUCUUGCAGCUUCAGUUCAAACCAAGCUUAGCAGAUUCAAGCAAUAUUUUCUUCCAGCAGUGCUACCAGGAUACACAGGUGAUCCUAAUGAAGUACAACCUGGUUAUAAACUAAGAACCUCACCUGCACACAUUACAUUCUCCACUGGGUAUGUACCUCCUGGCUUCUUCACUCGUUUAGCAACCACUGUUACUACAAAUCCCAAUGUUGAGCUCAGUUUUGAUAGUAAUUUUGCAGCUCCUGUCAUUCAUUCACAAAGUAAAAGUAUUUAUCAUAAUCGUGUCUACUUCUCCUUCUCUUAUGGCCGUCCUUCUGAUAAUUUUGUUCUUACUGAUAUUAAUGAAGCCAUUCAAGUUGAUGUGUUGAGAUAUGUCCCUGAGAGCAGUCAUUCUGUUCCUUUCAAAACAGUUUGUCAGCAAAUCAUGAAAUUGCUAGAUGCAUGUUGUCAACAAGUAGAAGACACUCUCAGUCAUUACCAUGGUCAUCAUGCCGAUCGAUCAUCAAGAAAAACAUUGAUGCUGAGAAGCAGACAUGCUCUGAGUUUGUUCACUGCGAAAUGGAAAGUUAUCCUCGCCGCCUAA